CGGAGAACACAUACAGACCAGAGAAUCAAAACCAUGAAUGCUGUAAAUUCUGUGCAACUGUUCCUUCUGGUUUGGACCUUUACUUCUGUCUGUCGAGCUGAUGUUGAUGACAUCAGUGUAAACUGUAAGAAUGUGACUGGAACUGUGAAGAAAGAAGUAAAUUUCACCUGCAGAGUCUUUCUGAAGCACUCUGAAUGCUGCAUUACAAAGUAUAAGUUUCAAUACCCUGAAAAAUAUAAUGAUCAACAAUCAACAAUCUGUAGAGAAGAGUUUCCUCAGGACUCCUGUGAACAGAGAAACAGCUUCACAUGCAGACACACUCCAACUACAGCAAUGAUGAGACAAUUCAGAUUCUUUGUGCAAACAAUGAGUGGAAUGAAAAGAACAGAAUUCACUGUGAACAUAACAGAGCCCAGUAAACAUGAAACUGUCACUGAAGAUCUUGAGACACCAUCACCAACAGGAGGGCAUUCUGAAUCAAGAAAAGGAGACAAUACUCGAUCUACUGGUACUGUCGUCGCUGCAGUCAUGGGCUGUUUCUUCAUCAUCAUCAUCAUAAUGAUCAUCAUGUACAAAAGGAAACCAAACUACUUCAAAUCUAGCCGACUCCAGAAGUGGGUGUUUCUGGGCCGCAGACAAGAGCAAAGCCCACAAAAUGAGAUUAAUAUCACUGACUCAACAGUAUGAAAUCAGUGAGUUUUGUUUGACUUUUGAGGUGAAGCUCAUGAAAGACAAACUUUAUAGGAAUGAAGUUAAACUAUAUCUGUACAUACAUUACUAUCAGUUAUAUCUCAAACUACUGAACUCAUAUAUAACUCUUGUUGUAGGUUUUACAAUUCUGUUUCAUAUUCAUUUCUGUGAAAUAAUGGUAUAUUAUUGAUCAUUUUGAUCAGUGCAUAUAUAAAUGUGAAUGUUUAUAUUUGGAUUUAAUAAACUUAAGCAUUAAGAGAUGAUGUUCUUUUUUUCAAGGAAAGUAUAAAAUGAAUAUCAAUUUUGUUUUGGUUAAGUGGUAUUAUAGCUUCUUAAGUAUGAUUAUUUACUUUUAAUAUUUUGCACCUGCAAUUUUCUAAUGCUGUGAACGAUGUGGUUUUGUACAGGGUUCUUUUUAUUAUAAAAAAAAAAGAUAAAGAAAAAUGGAAUGAAUAAACACAUGUGUUGCUCUCUAAACAUGAAUAUCUG